AUGGAAGGCUUUUAUCUACAAGGCUCCCAAUUGCCGCCAGGAUUCAGAUUUCAUCCCACUGAUCAAGAACUAAUCACCCACUACUUAAGAAAAAGGGUCACCUCUUCCCUCACUCCAGCAACAUCUAUAAUUGCCGAUAUAGACUUGUACAAGUUCAAUCCAUGGGAUCUUCCAGACAAAGCUUUCUUUGGAGAAGGUGAAUGGUUCUUCUUUACCCCUAGAGAUCGGAAGUAUCCUAAUGGAUCACGGCCAAAUAGAGGAGCAGCAUCUGGAUACUGGAAAGCUACAGGCAUAGACAAACCAAUCAUCGCCACCGGUGGGUCCCAGUGCCUCGGCGUGAAGAAAGCCCUUGUCUUCUACCAAGGCCGGCCACCAAAGGGAAUCAAGACUGACUGGGUCAUGCAUGAGUAUCGUCUACUUGAUGACAAUACUUCUUGGGCCCAAAAGCCUAAGAGUUCGAUGCGGUUGGACGACUGGGUUCUCUGUCGGGUUAGGCAUAAAGGAAGUAUUCCAAAUGAAACUGACAAGAAACAAGAAAUCUCAAGCUGUACCGAUCCCAAGGAACAUGAAAUUUUGAAAGGAAGUAGUGAAAACAUAAUCGAAUGGAGCGAUCAACAACUCUUUGCUUACCUCUUGGGUUCCCACGAGAAGGGCGAGGAGAGCACAUCUGAGGUCAUAAACUCCCCCAACUCCUGCAGCGAAGAAACCACAGCCUACUAUGGAUGUACUGCCGAAAUGGCACAAUCAUCGCAGAUGGUUCCACCCAUGCUGAACUCGAUAAAACGGAUGCUUUCAUUUGGAACAUUGGAUGAGCUCAUUUUGCAGUCUCCAAGCAAGAAAUCGUGCUAUACUAGUAUCUCUGAGCAGCCAUUGCAGACUGGUUCAUUGUUGGCUGAGCAGUUCUAUCCAGAAUUCUUAAUGUGGUAAUUUCAGGAUUGAUGUCAGAAGUGCCUACAGAAUUAUUGAUACAGAUGCUGAAGGGAGGCAAAAGAAAAGGUAAAAAUGUUCAGCGUGACGCUGAAGAUGAGUAUGAAAGGAUUGAAGAACAAGGUUUGAGCAAGUAGAAGUAUACAACACAAUAUUGAGGUCGAAGGCAAUCAGGUCUGCAUGCAGGAGUACUUAAGUCUGUAAAUAGGAGAAGAUUUUUGUUUUUUAAUUAGAAUAACAGGCUCUGUAGCAAAAUCAAAUCUUUGUUGAUUUAUUUAAUUAACCUGUUUAAUGGGGGGGAAACUGUUAUUAUACAGGAAUUCAGGUAUAGCCCUAUAAACAACCUGUUAAUCAACUUAGUUUCUUGUGGUGUUGACAUUUUGGUCACUUCACCACUAACAAGUAACGACAUCAAUAGUUUGAUAUACAGUGUAAAUUACUAUAUAUUAUGUUGUAACUUGCUACUUUUUGGUUCUAAGUUGUUUAGUAUACAUUUAUUUUUAAACCAAAUGCUUAAACUAUUUAUUUUUUCUUUUUUCACACUAAAGCAACAAACAUGGCAAACUGUAGAUGGGUUUUUACUUUUUAGCCUAUAAACCAAAGUUGAUCCCCAUUAAGUUUUUAACCCGUCCCCUUCACAAAAUUGUUUUUCAUCUGUAAGCCCAAAGUUUUACCCCCCAUGUAUUUUUCAACCCUUCCACCUAAAAAAUCACACUGAGAUCCAACCCAACCGAAUUAUUGUUAACCCACUUUCUAUUUCAGUAGUUCGGUACGUUAAGUUGCUAUAUUUUACUGUAAUAUGCUAUAAUUUUUGUCUAAGUAAUUAGGAAUAUGUGGUAUUUCUAAAUAAAAUGUGCAAACUGGGUUUUGGCUUUGUUCACACUCAUGCUGUAGCAUCGUUCGGGUUAAUUUAGCUUGUUUAUCAUCUAAAUCAGAAUGGCUCAUUUCCUUCUCAUCCGCCAACUGAUCCAAAGAGCUUAAACCACCCCAGAUUCUAUUAAACUCUCUCACUUAAGAAUUCCCUGGAGAAACAAUCAUACUCCUAGCAAAUAUGCAAUCUUCUCCUUAAUGAAACAAGCACACUCUCACUUAAUAAUACGACUACAAUAUAAACUAUCAGUGUGAAACUAACACAAAAAGAACAGUACAUUGACCUGUAACAACGUAUGUUUCCAAGAUACGUCAAGGAAAAGAUUUACAAGGAAUUUCGUAUAACAAGACAUGGGGAAACAUUGAAUAGACUUGAAUUAUGCAGACCUAAACAUUGGAAGGUAGCACUCAUUCAUCAAUAACAUUCUGAAAAAGAAAUUUUCACUGCAAAACAAAAGCUUUUGAUCAAAUAGGAGGAUGUAACAAAGACAGCCAGAUGGUAUUACAUAAAUACAAUGGAAGCUAAAAGCUAAGCAGCAUUUGUUGCAACCUGCC